AUGGGCCCCCAAACCCAAAUUUCAAUAGGCAACAAGCACCUAGAGGCCCUUCUAUGCAUGCCUACCAAGGUGGUUCCUACCAAGGCCAAGGCCAAGGAGGAGGGUUUGAUCCCCCAAGGUCGGGGAAACUAUAGGGGGCAAGGCUAUCAAGGCCAAACUCCCUAUGGUCAACCCCAUGGCCUAGGUAAUCAAGCUCCUUACCACCAAGCUAGUUAUAACCCAAACUACCAAGGUGGAAUGGGCUAUAACAACCAAUAUGGGCAAGGUAUAGGAGUUUCUAGUGGGGGCUAUCCAUUGAAUUCUGGAAACCAAUAUGGCAAUUCCCAAUAUCCUCCUCUCGGAUUCAAUGUACCUAGGACUUAUGGCACUCAAUUUCCACCUAAUCCUUCCAGAUUUGGUAAUGCUCCUCCACCACUCCCGUCUCCUAAGUCGAAUCUUGAGGCUCUUAUGGAGUCGAAUGUGGGGGCGCAAGCCAAAAAGAAUGUGGAAUUUGAGGAUGAAUUUAAGUAA